AUGACAACCGCUCACCACGAGCCGCCUGGGAUGGCCAUUACCGACACCGCGAGCCAGGCCAUGUCCAGCCACACUCUCAAAACCAACCGCGUUUUGACAAUUACAGCAGUAACAGCUGCGUCCAGCCUUCGCAUCAUCCACAGAGAAAUGAGCAGGCGAGGAACAGCUGGCCACCGCAAGACCGGCGACUCCAGCAACGAAUGCAACAACCCCAACACUAUCCCCAGCGAUACCCGCCGUCAGACUUUUAGUCCACCUGCCGACGUCCAGGCGAUUCGACUGCGUGGCUGA